AUGGUACAUGCUCCAAAGAAACUAGGUGGCUUGGGAGUUGGCGAUGCAAUUAUUCGGAACUCAGCAUUGUUGUUUAAGUGGUGGUGGCAGUUUACAAAGGAAGAGUGCCCGUUGUGGAAGAAAAUUGUAUGUUCAUGUAAUAAUCUGAAUCCCAAUGAUCUACUGUCAACUCAAGCACUAUCUACAAGAGGAGGCCCAUGGAAGGAUAUAUGCCAGUUGCACAUCAUGAAUGAACGUAUAAGGGAUAAGAUGGUUACAAGUUUGUCCAUGGAGAUUGGUGAUGGGCGACGGACUCGGUUUUGGGAGGAUGUGAUGCAGGUUGAAGCACUCCCAGAGGUGGUAACCAGCUACAGCUUCACAAGGACCAUUUGGAAAGGUUUGGUUCCACCAAGAGUGGAGCUUUUUGCUUGGUUUGUUUUAAUAGGCAGGGUGAACACUAAGGAAAGGCUGAGCUGGUUUGGAAAUUUUUACAUUAUUGGAGUUACUUUUGCAGCUGGUAUUGGUGGCCUUCUAUUUGGUUAUGAUACUGGUGUGAUAUCUGGCACUCUCUUGUACAUAAAAGAUGAUUUUGAAGUUGUAAAGAACAGUAGUUUUCUUCAGGAACUAAUAGUUGCCAUGGCCUUAAUUGGUGCAAUUUUCGGUGCCGCCAUUGGUGGUUACAUUAAUGAUUCUUUAGGGCGUAAGGCUGCCACUAUUGUGGCAGAUAUUUGUUUCGCAGUAGGAUCACUCUUGAUCGCCGUCGCACCAAAUCCCACUCUUAUCAUAGUUGGCCGGUUUUUUGUUGGCCUAGGUGUAGGUUUCGCCUCUGUUACUGCUCCUAUGUAUAUUGCAGAAGUAUCACCGUCUGAAAUAAGAGGUGGAUUAGUUAGUGUCAAUUGUCUUAUGAUCACAACUGGCCAAUUUCUUUCCUUUGUCAUCAAUUAUGGUUUGACUAGAGUUCCUGGAACAUGGCGUUGGAUGCUUGGAAUUGCAGGUACACCAGCUGUUAUUCAGUUGGUUCUUAUGGUCUUUCUUCCUGAGUCCCCCAGAUGGCUAUAUUUGAAGAAUAGGAAGGAGGAGGCCACCAAUGUUCUUUCUAGGAUAUACCCAUCUCCUCGGUUGGAGGACGAAAUAGAUAUUCUUGAAGCUCACAUGGAGCAAGAACAAAAGGAUAAGGUCAAAGUUAAAUACAGUGAUGUAUUUAAGUUGAAAGAAAUCAGAGUUGCGUUCAUAUGUGGCGCUGGACUUCAAGCAUUCCAACAACUUACCGGUAUUAGUGUUAUAAUGUACUAUAGCCCAACAAUCAUUCAAUUGGCUGGCUUCAAAUCAAACGAAUCGGCUUUGUUCUUAUCCCUCAUUGUUUCUGCAAUUAAUGCCGGUGGCACAAUUAUUGGCAUUUACCUUAUUGACAUUGUAGGGCGAAAGAAGCUUACACUUAGUAGCUUAAUAGGUGUGGUUGGAUCGUUAAUCCUACUCUCUGCUUCAUGUUAUGUUAGAGGGCAUGGCAACCCGAGUUUAGUUUAUGGAUGGCUUGCUGUUGUGGGUUUGGCUUUGUAUAUUAUAUUCUUUGCACCUGGAAUGGGUCCUGUUCCUUGGGCUGUGAACACAGAGAUAUACCCUGAAGAGUUUAGAGGAAUAUGUGGUGGCAUGUCUGCAACAAUUAAUUGGGUUGGUAGUGUCAUCAUGUCUAUUAGCUUCCUUUCUUUUGUGGAUGCUAUUGGGCUUGGUGAGAGUUUUAUGAUUCUUUUGGCUGUUGCUUGUGUUGCAAUAGUUUUUGUGAUUUUCUAUAUGCCAGAGACAAAAGGAUUGACUUUUGAAGAAGUUUCAAAUAUUUGGAAGGAGAAAGCCUAUGGAAAAGAUAAAAACAUAGAGAGCAUGGUUGAGCAAGCAAGUACAUGAUCAGCAACUUUUUCCAAUACGUUUAAGACUUGUGAAAGCACGAAAAGUCAUAAAGUUAAGGUUUGAACAUGAAAUGAAGAAGAACAAAAAAUAAAAGGAGAAGAAAUGAAAGAUGCAACAUAUAUGUGCAUGCGCAUGUGUCUGUGUCCUUACUGGUAGCUUUGGCCAAAGAGUUCAAAAUACCAUCCCUAUGAUUGGCUAUAUAGUUGAUCAGGAUCAUGUCUUCUUCCAUGGUCCAUGGCCCUUUUCUCACUUCCAAAUCUUGAGACAUGUUGAGAGAGUGAGAGAGAUUUCGGAGGGGGUGUUAAGGAAGAAGACUCUAGUGACGUGUGUGACAAGCAAUGUAGAGUUAGUUUGCAUUACAGAGUUAGUUAGAUGAAGUGAGAAUCUGUUAUAGGAUCAGUUGAGUGUUAGUUAUUGAUGUGUUUCUCUAUCUUUCACUCGUAGUGUGUAAAUAAG